CCCGAGCUCCACGUGCUCAAAGCGAAACGGAGAAGCGACCUGCGGAUGGAGAACCAGGAGAGAGAGCAAAAACUGGAGAAUCCGGAGAAACUGGAGAAUGUGGAGCCGAGCGACGUCGAGGUGAGCCAGGUGACCGCCGGCGAGGAGGGGGAGCUGAUGGCCGUCCUGCUGGCCCACUACUACCCCGAGGAGCCCCUCACGGCGGGCACCUCUCCGCCGGAGCCGGAGGCGGCGGACCGCGAGUUCCUGCUGUCCAACGUUCCCUUCGGCACGUGCUUCCUGGCCCGCCAGCGGGGCAAGGCGGUGGCCGCCGUGGUGGCGGGGCCCAAGGACGCCGGCGAGGCGGAGCACCUGGCUGAGGAGGUCGAGAAGCACGCCGGCGGGAAGUGGGGCCGCAUUCUGAGCCUGCUCGCCGAGGUAGAGAGGGCCACCGACGUCUGCCGCCGGUUCGGAGUGCCCAGCAGCCUGCACGUCCACGCACUGGGCGUCGAUCCGGAGCUGCGCGGCCGCCAGCUGGGCGCCCGCCUCCUGGCCGCCGUUGCCCAGCGGGCACGGGACCUGGGCCACCCCCUCGUCUCCGUGGACUGCACCAGUGCGUUCUCGGCCCGGCUGGUCCAGCGCCUGGGCUACCAGCUCGUCCACACCCUGCGCUACGCGGACUUCCUGGACGCCGGCGGCCAGCAGGUCAUCCGCCCUCCGCCGCCGCACGAAUGUGUCCAGACCUUCGUGCUGCAGCUCUAGAAGCGUAUAGAAGUUGGCCAUCGAGUUCCAGGGCAACGCGGCUGCUUAUCGGGUGAUGACACCUUAUCGGGGAGCACGAACCCGAGUUUGGGGGCUUGGAAGCCGUAAAAGGUGGCGAUUCAGUGAUAACGAGAUCUUAUCGAGCAGAAAUCGAAAAAAGAAAAACCUUUGAAAUUACAACUCGUAAACCAACCCAUACUCGUGCAUGCACCGCAUUCUGUACCUGUGCCUCUGCGUGUGUGUGUGUGUGUGUGUGUGUGAGUGUGGGUGUGUGGUAAAGGAUCGACGACGGCAAUUGUGCAUUGAGCAUACGCCGCGUUGGCCGCGCUAAUUAGACACCGCAGCUGUCGAUAAUAAGCCGCCUUGCCCGAACGCCUUUGCCGCUGCUAGUUAAGUGAUUAGGCUGUCCCUGCCACGCCCACCGCCUCCAUCCUGCCUCCUCCAUGCCAGGAUGGGUAUAUGAAAAGGUUGCGCCAGAAAAGGAACCAACAGCCACUGCAGAGGGAUAACGUCAGCUGAAACUGGAACUCGUCAUAUUGUACUUUGUGUAUUUAGUUAGCUACCUCUUAAUAUGGUAUUAUAUUGUAUUCAGUUCUUAAGUUAUCAACUUAUAUUAAUAUAUAUAAGUAUAUAUGUAUAUUAAUAUAUAUACAUUCCUAUGUGGCUACUUCGAUAGAAUUUCAUAUGGAAAAUACGAAUAAUGA